ACACCACAUCUAAUAAAACAUGCCUGCUUGAGUAAUCGCGUCACACUGGUAUUUUAAAUUCGACGGUUCUUUUUUUUUCCCACCUCAAGAGAAAGGAGCACCUGCUCCUUUAAGAGUUCACUCCAAAUAUUUUGCAUAAUGACUUUUGCUCUCUGCAUAUUCCAGAUACCACGAGGUCGCUGGCGGAGAGUGGAAUCUCGCAGCGGGAAACAGGACAAUUUUGAAGCACUGCCUGCAAGAGCUGCUCUGUCCCAGGUGUUGAGGUAAAGACAUUUCGUCGUCAUGGACUCUGAGAGCCAUCUUGAGGGUAAAACUGUGGGGAAGACUCCAGCAACAACGCGGACAUCAACGGACUGACGGACAGGACUUCACCGGCCGUCAGGACCUCCGAUGACGUACAGCCGAGCGAUCUGUCGGGGUGCAACGAAAUGGAGUGUUCUGAAGCGCUGAAGGCGGCGGUGAAGAGUGAGCCAGAGGAGAUGGAGACGGACCAGCGCUGCGCGGAGCGGACCAGGAGAAGGAGUCCACGGACCCCCGCGAGAGGCAGGCCAGGGGGGGGGCGGAGAGGAGGAGGAGGAGGAGGAGGAGGCGGCCAGCGAGGAGGGGCUGGAGGAGGGCUACGACGACGAAGAGGAGGAGGAGGAGGAGGGCAACGACGAGGAGGACGAGCGGGGGAUGGAGGCGGUGGACGAGGGGGAGAGCCCGAGCGAGCCCCAGGACCUCUCCCUGGUGGACUUCAGCCGGAGCUACGGCUGCAAGUCCCUCUUCGCCGAGGGGGCCGAGCCCGGGGACGCCGACGACGCUCCGGCCCUGGGCUCCUCCCCCCGCGGCGGCGGCGGCGGCGGCCAAUCAGGGAGCAGCAGCAAGCUCAACUGUGACAUCUGCGGCCUGUCCUGCAUCAGCAUCAACGUGCUGCUCGUUCACAAGCGGAGCCACACCGGUGAGAGGCCUUUCCAUUGCGUCCAGUGUGGCGCCUCCUUCACCCAGAAAGGGAACCUCCUGCGCCACAUCAAGCUACACUCGGGCGAGAAGCCCUUCAAGUGCCACAUGUGCAACUACGCCUGUCGACGGCGCGACGCCCUGAGCGGGCACCUGCGCACCCACUCUGUGGAGAAGCCCUACAAGUGCAACCACUGCGGCCGCAGCUACAAACAGCGCAGCUCUCUGGAGGAGCACAGGGAGCGCUGCCACGUGUAUGCCCAGAACCGGGGCUCCGCGGAGACAGUGUCUCACGUGGAGGACGGCCAGGCAGUGCGGUCUCAGAUGGGGAGCGAGCGAGCCCUUCUGCUGGACAAGCUGGCCAGCAACGUGGCCAAGCGCAAGAGCUCCAUGCCACAGAAGUUCACCGGGGACAACGGCGUCUGCCUGGACCUGAGCUUCAACCGGGGCCCGAUGCGGCCGACGGACGCAACGGACCCCCCGCUGAGGGGCUCCCCCGGCGCCGACGUCACCGCCCUGGACCACGAGACCCCCCUCUCCCACCGGCACUACCCCGUCCAGCUCACCCGCAGCCCCCACACCAACGGCCACAAGCUGUCCCUCCCGGCCCCCGGUGGCCUGUCCCUCCCGGCCCCCUCACCCCAGGGGCCCCACCACGGGCUGGAGCCCAGCCCGGGGGACGCCUCCCCGGUGCCCCAGUCCCUCAUCUACAACCUGGGGCACCUGUUGGGGGGGUUCCCCAACGGCCUGCCCCACCCGCACCCCCACGCCCAGGGCCCCGCCCAGGGCCUCUCCAUGGGGCCCCUGGAGGCCAUGCGCGUGCUGAAGACGGAGGGGGACCCCGGGGGGCUUCUGGCCCCCGCCGGGGCCCUGUACCCCUGCAGCCACUGCCGGGUGAUCUACCUGGACUACGUCAUGUUCACCAUCCACAUGGGCUGCCACGGCUUCAGGGACCCCCUGGAGUGCAACGUGUGCGGCCACCGGAGCCGCGACCGCUACGAGUUCACCUCGCACAUCGCCCGCGGCGAGCACCGCACCGAGCUGAAGUAGCGGCACGCGGAGGGGGGGGGGGGGGGGGGGGGCGGGGGCGGGGGUUGAGGUGAGGGUGUGGUCGAGUCGGUCGACGUGAAGAUGAGGGACACGCGUCGCGUUGACUGUUGAGGACACGACGGGGUGUAACAAAAUGUAUCCUGUGUGUUUUGUUUCGGAGACUAGUGCAUUAUGGGUGUUCGUGAGGUCAUGGAACGGAAAAAAGGUGUAUGAGGUGUUACUUGUAAUUAUGUGUCAGUGUGCUUCUGUUUGAGAUGUGUGUUGAAACCGAUAACUGCUGCUUCACAUCUUGGCGAUUGGAUCCGUGCGCACAAUGUGUAAAUAAAACGAAAAUAACAUGUCA